AUGUCCUUUUACGAGUCUUCGCGGAACAUUUGGCUCGAGGACGGCCACAUCCUCCACGCCGAGUGCGCCUACGGCGACGACGAGUGGAAUGAGUCCACCAUUGAUCUGAACGACUUUGUGGGCAACUCGGACGGCUGGUUCGUCUGGAACGGCGUCAACUUUUCUGACUCUGCCGGUGACAUCUCGGUGGACGGCGCCAUGCUGACCGCCGAACUGAACAUGGUUGAGGAGGGAACCCGCGGGCGACAGGGCAUCAAUCUGAAUGACCGCAUUGGCAACGACAACGGGCAGCUGGUGUACGUAAAUCAGGACGACUAG